GAGUUAAGCCGAUUCGGGGUGACAUCACUACAAUUUGCAUAAAAGCGGAGCUAUAACUGGCCACGCAGUGAGACGCUCUUUUAUAUUACAGUUCAGAGCGGCUGCGGGAAGGUUUCGGGCUGCAUCUGUCGGGACAGUCUCACUGAUCAAUCAAUAACAAUGUCUGACAAACCAGAUAUGGCUGAAAUUGAGAAAUUUGACAAGUCUAAGUUGAAGAAGACAGAAACGCAAGAGAAAAACCCACUGCCUUCAAAAGAAACAAUUGAACAGGAGAAGCAAGCGGGUGAAUCGUAAUGAAAUGGGCCCUUCCAAAUUAUGCACUGUACAUUCCACAAGCAUUGCCUUCUUAUUUUACUUCUUUUAGCUGUUUUAACUUUGUAAGAUGCAAAGAGUUGGAUAAAUUUAAAAUGACUGUACUGCCCCUUUCACAUCCCCCCCCCAAAAAAAGAACAGAGUGAACUACUGACGCUGAACGAAGGCACCUUCCUUUCCAUCUGCCUGUCCAGCUUCUGGUCCAGUGGCACAAAAGCUUGCAUGUUUCUUGAAAGAAGAUUCUAAGAGGGACUACAGUAAUCUAAUAACACAUGAAUAUACGCAAAGCUGUACCAGGGUCCUGCGAGCUGUAAAAUGCAUUUUAAUCGAGUGCCAUUUUUUUGUUCAAAUAAUUUUAAUUAUUGGAAUGCACAAUUUUUUUAAUAUGCAAAUAAAAUGUUUUAAAACCUGGA